AAAUGUUCGACUAAACCAGCGGCUACAACAAAUGCCCGAAUAGUACGUCAUGUAACAUUCCGCUUUACGUCUUCAUUCCGACCAUGACUCACUUAACUCUUCUCUGUCUUAUUUUUCUUUCUUCUCCAAAAAUUCUCAAGUUUGUUUUCGGGUCUGAUGUGCCAGGCGAUUGCUUGAAAGACGGCACCUGUGAAAAGGAGCAAGGAAAUCACGAGAAAGAAAAGUACAGAGCAAAAGGUAACGAUUGCUUUUUAAAGCUUUGAUGAAAUCAAAGGUUUGAACAAACUUGAAAACACCUGAUUAUUAAGCCUGUAUACAUUAACGUAUCAUAAGUGCUUUUUCUGAGAACUUAAGUCUGUUACUUUUUUACAGACAACGUGUGUGCGUUUUAGUGAUGAUCAUUUUAAAAAAGACAAGCUUAUAUGGUAUCGAUCCAGUGGCAAAUCCAAACCUUCAGAAAAGUGGGGGGCCGGUAAUCCAGAUCCUGAGAUAAGGAGGGGGCCCGGUCUCCAAAAAAUUAUAAGGGGAGGGGCGGGCCCCCUGGGCCCCCCUCCUGUAGAUCCACCACUGCAAUCACACCACCCUCUGGCCCUAGGCCUGGUCCAGUAUAAUUUUUGCGGGCGACAAGAGGAGCCCACAAACCUAAUCUCCAGGUUGUUAUUACGCAUGCGUCACAUGUAUGUGGCCAGCAUUCAUUUGGGCUUCCACUAAGAAUGAAUGGAAUGCACACGACGUAAUUUGAUCACGCGUGUUUUGACCUUCUAUCCUCGUAAUCAGAUGUUGCGUGUUUUGACCAACUGUCAUGUGAAACUUUCGCAAAGUACAGCGUUGGAGCAAAAGCGUUUGGACCUCUGAUCGGUGUCGCCUGCAUUUCCUAACCUUUGGUUAUUACUAGUAAUUAAGCUUAUUGUUAUAAUUUUCAUCAUAAUUAAGUCAGACCUUCCAAUUUUCACGGUUUGACCUUGAGACUCCCUGGGUUUGGGCAGUCAACUCAUGGUCUCACAAUUUAGCCUCCAAAUCUCAUGGUGACACAGAAAAUUGCCAGACAAUUCCGGUAGGAAUGGCUUGAUAUCAAAAAAACUGUCAUCAUAAUAGACAAAUAUUGUAUCAAUUUAAUUUUGGAGGGAAACCUGUAUCCAAUUCCAACCUCAUUCCUGUAAAAUGUAGGUUCGCUAAGGUCUGUGGGAAAACCCUAAUAGCAUACUCACUUGGCUACUUGCUGUCCUAUCGACCUGAAUAGUAAAACAGAAUCUUCUCAUUACUCCCAAAAGAGCAACAAGGCAGUAAAACAGAGACCACUGAUAGGGUAAAGAAUACCAUGACAAUUUGAAUAAUCUGCCUUUUUAGUUUUAUUUGAAAUAUUUUCGAAAUCUCCAAGUUUGAGAUCCCAAUCUCUAGGUUUUUGGGGGCUUUUUUCAAACACUCCAGAUCUGCAUGGUUCAGGGGUUGGAAGGUCUGUUAAUUAACAAUCAUUGCAUAAGGCCAUGUGAAAAAUUGCACAGAUCGAGGGGGCUGUUAUCCACCAAGGCUCAAGGCUGAGGUGGAUAACAGCUUUUGAGAUCUGCAUAAUUCUUCAUAUCAAAUGAACAUCAAAUUUAAUAAUAAAAUAAUUGUAUUACAGUCAAACUGGGCAAUCUCAGGUACCACUCCCAGUGAUUAAAUUCUUGUCUUGAGUUCAUUCUAGCUACAGCUUGCUCAAACAACAACUAGGUAAUAUCUUGGUCCAAGAAACUUUGAUUAAAUUUUUUUACACAGGCAGCAGACUUGCCUUUACUGGUUACAAGCCUGUCAUUAGUAGCGAUAACUUUGUCAAAUGCUUGUAUUUUUUGUCUGUAUUUAAAUUAGAAUCUUGGAAAACCUACCUUUCCAAAAUAGAGAAAGCCACAUCUCAAUAUACAGACUGCACAAACAAGAAAUGUGCCUGCUACAGUGAUGUCAUUGAUGAUGAUUUGAGAGUUUGGAGGGACAAGGGAGGAAUAACAAAGAGCGAUUUUGAUGAAGCUGCAGGCCGUGGAGUCCAUUAUCAAAUUAUUAAUCAUAAAUUAUACAGAGAAAAGGACUGCAUGUUUCCAUUCAGGUCAGUUUAAAGUCAUCAAAGGAUAAUUUGGGUACAUGCUUAAGUGAAUUCAGUCUCCAUGUAGAUUGGCAAAUGGACAAUGACAUACAAUAAAGAGUAUGUAUAUUCCGUUUUCUGGGACCAUGGCAGGAUUAGCUCAGUUGGUAGAGUGCUUGUCUGCAGAGCAGUGGGUUGCAGGUUCGAUUCCCAGGGCCGGACCAACACCCCGAGCCUUAAGAUAACUGAGAAUUGAAGGUACUCCCUUUGCACUGCAAGCGGCUAGACCUUCACAUGGCUGCGAUGAUCACUCAUGUAAACUGGCGGUCCCGUCUCCAGCUGGAGAUGUAAAAAUAGUAUCCCCAAUUAGUACUUUUGUGCAAAAUACCUUGACACUCAAAUAACAUGCAUUUUUUUUAUAUAAUGAGAUUGACAUCUGUUAACAACACUAUUUUCUAUUGUUUUCGUAAUUUUUUAUGCCGAAAUACAACGUUACAGUUGGCCAAUGGUAAAAUCUAAGACUUGCAGAGGCAUGGUGACCAAGUGGUUUAAAGCUCUGACUUAAGAUCUCUGGUCCUUGAAAACGUUUUUGCUGUCUUGUUUCCUUAGACAAGAAAUGCUACCCCACUUUGUCUUUGCUAACCAAAGUGUGCAAACCAUUUGAUAUACUCCUGUUGCAGCCCUUUUAUAUACCACCUUUAACUGAAAACGUACCGCUAUUGUAUAUCUUCUAUUGACAAAUUUAAAUGGUACACCUUUCUCUAACCUAGUUGCUGUAAAUGUGCUGUGUUUUAGAUGUGAAAAAAUCAUAAAACCAGAACAUCUUCUGUUAGCCCUUUUGGGCGUUUUUACAGGCCAAAAUGACCAGAUUCUCCUACCAUUUAAUCAUAUACUUCAACAAGUGAAAUACCUACCUUUUCAUAUAAGGCUUGAAAAGCUUCACCUUUAAGGUGGAGCCUUUAUAGAGAGUAACCCCCCUCCCCCGGCUCUGCUCAAGACUAGCAUCCCAGGCCAUACAGGGGGUAGAAGUAAAUACUACAUAACUAUAAGUGCUUUGUGUUACUAAAACCAAGUUAAGCUGUGGCAAUGGUGGACUGCCUUCACCUUGUUUUAUAUUUGUCACCUCUAAUUUAUAAGCUGUGAUAAUAUUGUUAUUUUCAGAUGUAAAGGAGUGGAACACUUUAUUUUGAAGAUGAUUGACAAACUUCCAGAUAUGGAGAUGAAGAUCAAUGUUAGGGACUAUCCACAGGUACGUGCUUAUCAUCCCGAGUCAAUCUUUGGUUUGACAAAAUAUCAAGCCCUAGGAUUUCAAAUCCCAUGGAUACCAUGCCCAGAGAUCAUGGGAAACCAUCUGUAACAAUUUUUUGGCUCCAUGAAAAUUCAUGGGAACCCACUGUUAUUUAAUCUUCUAAUGUACGGAAAUAUGUUGUUAAUCAUACCGGUACUUAAAAAUUAAAGAACAUUGAUUAGUGUGUCCUAUUAUUUACAAAAAAAACUUCAGUGUCUAUUAAAGUGACAGAAGAAAAUCAAUUUAAGUGUUAAAUGUGUGUACAUUAGUGUCUAAAGCUCCAGACUCCUCUUUGAUCCAACUGAAGAAGUAUACUCACUUGAAAUGUUCGCCACAGAUAGACCUAUUCGGCUAACUCAAUGUUGUACCCAAUUCAAAUCUCACAGGGUUAAGAUUCUUUGUGUAUUGUAUUUGCAUUAUAAUGUUGCAUUCACAUUUAAAUGAUAUGGAAUUUCCUGAAACAAAACGUUUUAUCCCCAAAGGGUUUGAAUUGGGUACAACGUUGAGUUAGGCGAAUAGGUCUAUGUUAUCCUUUCAUAAAGAGAUUUGGGCCCCAUCAUCAGUUCCAGGAUAUGUCACUGGGAAACUAUUUUUCGUUUCUGUUAUUUUAAGGUCAUGGUAACAAUAUUGUACCAGGAACUAUUGUUACCGUGAAAUCCUAGCUAGGGCUUGAAUAUCCAUACCUCAUAAGGGUACAAAGAAUUCCCCUCUAGUUUUCUGAGAUGGGAAAGCUUGUUUAUAAGUCAAACAAAUUAAUGAGUUAAAUUGAGUCAGGGUAUAUAAGUCAAGUCUGAGUUAAGUACUGAAAAUAGUGCUUAGGAUUAGCGCCCGAAAGAAACUUGAACUCUAGCACGUCCUUUAGGCAAGCAGCUCUGUUGUUUCGAUUGCCUGAGGCAACAACUUGCUUGUCUUAGUUGAUUUACUUGGAGGAUGACUUACCUGGACUCUUGCCCAUUGGGCAAAUGAGCUUUAAGAGUUACUUGCCCAACAACAAAAACUACUCAUCGUGGAUGACCAGACAAGGCUUUUUUCGAGCCCUGUAGGUUAAUCAUUGACAACAGUAAAGUUCAUACCAUAGGAUUUUGAUCACAGACUUACAGUUUCUACCUGUCCACUAAUUACGAGUUAGUUUCCAUCAUUCACUCGAAGGAAGUGUAUGGGUUACUUCACACAUAGUUAGUACUGUACUAACCACAUAAAAACAUGAAGCUUGGAUGCAUAAUUAUGCUCAACUGAAAUGGAUCUAGGGAAGUCUGCUGACUGAGAUGUUGAUUCUUUUCUCUGGUAGAACUCAAAGUGGUCAAAACCAUUGCCUGUGUUCUCUUUCAGUAAGGUAGGUAUUGUAAAGACUUUAGUUUCACGUGAAUCACGUCCCCUCCCCCCCUAUUGCUCGGCACGGGAGAUGGAGAAAUGCAAGGCAUUUGUACAAGAUAGCACUUCUUUAAAUAUAUGCAUCCUAAUAUUUACCGUAGUAGUAAGCACACAUGUUUGGGCUAUUGAGUCAGUAGUAUUCUUCUAGUAUAGCCAGCUGUUUUGGCUCACACUGGCAGUGCCCAAUACCCAACCAAAGCGAUCCUGCUCGCAGGCCGACAAACAUGCAUGACUUUUGUCCACCAUUCUAUGUCAUACACUGUUGACUUGAUAGAAUUUUGGACAUUUUUUUUCUUGUCUUUAGACAGCCAAUGAGUAUGACAUCAUGUACCCUGCUUGGACAUUCUGGGAAGGAGGUCCUGCUGUCUGGCCAAUUUACCCCACUGGACUGGGAAGAUGGGAUCUAAUGAGAGAUGAAAUUGAAAAGUAAGUUUUGCCGCGUUAAUUUUAGUCAAUGUAAAGUGAAAUAGUUACCCUGAUUUUUCUCUCUCUCCUCACGACUUCGCUGCUCGCUCUCUCUUUCGUGAGGAAGAAUUUCAAGGAAAGCCUCUGGGAGCAGGGUAUGAAAUAGUUGACAUUUGCCUAUCAGUGAAUUCUCAAGUAAGCACUUGAGCACCCCAUUUGAAUUCCUCAGUCUUCUAACUACCAAUAAUGAAAAUAGCAACUAGCCACUCCAAUGUCAAUAAUCCUUCUCCCACCUUAUUAUUUUGUGGUAAACAAAGCUGGAAUGACUCAAAAUAGAGACCCAAACGGCCUUUUUGGAACUAUAAACUCUAUAAAAAUGACACUGUGUGACAUGUAUCUUGAUUUGCUUAAAUACACUACAUGGUAGUCUUUGCAAGGAAUAAACACCCUCCGGGUCCCAUUUCUGAAUAGACUGCGAGCGGUUUCUCUUUUUCCUCAAAUUUAGCGAGGGGAGUCCACGCACGCGCGAGCGUCGAGAGACGCGGGAAACGAGGGCGGCAGUCACGCGCGUGGACAUUUGCGUGUCUUGGGCGUUUUGCUCAACGGACCAAGAAAAAAGAGAGACUGCUUGUAGUCCAAUUCCUGAAAGGCCUAUUAGAGCUAAUCCAUAGAAGCCUGUGUAGUAUGCGUUUCCGCGCAAAUUCGUUCUUGCUCCAACUUUCGCGCAGUAACUCGAUUGGAAAUGCUUGCUAUGCAGGCUAAAUCCACGGUUGGAUUUACCUUAGAUUGUUUACAGUGACUUCUCAUGUUGGAAUAAGGCUCAACGAAAUUUUAUAAGUUCCAGUUUCUUGUUUUCAUGGUUAUUUACAGGAAAGCUAAAGAGUGGCCAUGGGACAAAAAGCAACCAAAGGCAUUUUUCAGGGGAUCAAGGUAAGUUUGAAAUGCAUUCCUGGCAGACAUUUGUCAGCAUUGUCAGUGUUUGGACUUGUCGGGUUGCUCUUUUUUCUGCAAUGAUGGGUUGUUUUAAGUGUUUUCGGGGUAAUUCUAGGACUUAAAUUACCUGCAUAUCACGGGAACAUAUGUUGCAGAAAAGGCCAACUGCCGGUGAUAUCGUCUUGGGAAAGAGAUUAAAGCCCUGUUUAUAUGAAGAAAAGUUAUCCAAGGGAGAAGUGUCAUCAGCCUACCUGAACUACCUUGAGCGAGCCCAAUCAGCCAACUUUUCUUACAUUUUCUAACAAAAUGUGGCUGCGAAGCGUUUACUUGAGAAACAAAAAGUUGGCCCGCCUAGCCUAGUCACCCUUUUGUGUUGGUAGGGUCAUGCACCCUCCUAGCCGGGCCAACCUUUCUCGCCCAGCAGGGUUAACUCAGUCAAAGCGCGAAAGUAAGAGCACACACGAGCGCUGUUGGCUCCGGCAUAGGAAGGGCAUAGGUUUACCGGCAAAAAAUGUCGGAUUGGAUGACGCGCGACCACGUGACAUAAAGUAAUAAAUUCGACAUGGGCUUUGGUCUUAUCUACCCUGGGUACCGGAGGUUUUUUCUCGCGUGCUACGAGGAGCUUCGUCGGCCGCAGGCCGACUCGUCUUCAGCCGACCGCGAGAAAAAACUUUUCGCUUUUCGCGCGUGUCACUUUUUAAGACUUAACCGAAAUCGGAAACCGCGCAUGAAAAGCCUCUGGCACCCAGGGUGAGUCUUAUCAGACUUUAAGUCUGAUAAGUCCAAAGUUGCAUCCUGUAAGCCAAAGCGCAAACAUUAAUUGCAGAAAACGAAUCCCACAGGCAGGAACAGGCGAAAGAGAAGAAUAGUAAAAAUUCCAGACGAUUGAAAAAAUUGCCGUAUAGGACGUCUGAAACUCAUAAGCCGCAUUUUUUCUUCUUUCUUCUGGAAUAAACACACGAAAGACGACUUUGCCGCCAUGUUGAAUUUACUUUAUAUCACGUGGUCGCGCGUCGACCAAUCAGACAUUUUUCGGCCUAAAAAGCUUCAGAAUAUACAACUGACAGAUUGCUCUAACAGUAGAUUUAGUAAUUGGAUUUUUCCAGACGAUGAUUGCAACGCGUCUAAGUGGCGAGUCCAUAGAGCACUGUUCCAUACUCAAUUUAUUGUACUCUACAGGACAUCUUCUGAGCGAGAUCCACUGGUUUUGCUGUCACGUGACAAUCCACAGUUAGUUGAUGCUCAGUACACCAAAAACCAAGCUUGGAAAUCUGAUGCUGUAAGUUUUCAUGGAAGAAUUUUUCUUGCUGAUUUCCUCGCAUUUCUUAUAGCUGAAGUGUCCAUUCGAUAUAACAAUCCACUCCACAAGCCAACGGCUCGGUUAAACGAAUGGCAUUCUGUACCCCUGUUAUAUUUAAUUGUGCGAAACAAGAGCCCCGAUAAAUCCUACCCUCAUUAGAAAAGAACGUGGUUUUCAACCCCCUUUUAAAAAACUCUUCGCUAUGUCUGACUUCGACUUGUUUCAGUCAUGACAGACUGUGAUUUUAUUGCAUAGUAACUGUUGGUCUAGUCGGGGUGUGGAAAUAAUCAGUAAAGUUAGAGCUGUCACCUUUUCUUAAUCUUUUUUUUGGAGUCCCUUGUAAUGAGAGGGAGGGAGGUUGGAAGAGGGUGAGGAGGGAACUCACGUCCCCUUCUACUGUUGGUGAUACCCGCUCAAGUGAUCAGAUAACAGUCCCUUGAACAACAAAGAGGAAUGUUUUCCCUUUCCUUAUCGAUUCCAAGGUUUUUUAGAUUGUUAGUCAUACUCAGUCAUGAGAGCUUAUUUUCUGUUAAGUAUGUGUAUUUGUUUUUUUCUGAAUUUUGUCUUAUAGGAUACCUUGCAUGCUCCUCCAGCAAAGGAAAUCAAGCUUGAAGAUCACUGUGAAUACAGGUAUGUUAAAAAAAUUAUCACUGUUAUUUAUUCCGUAGCAGUCUGGAGAAAAUUAAACAUCUUACAGCUUGGGAGACAUGUUUUGGAUACAUCGAUUUUCAUCGUUAGUAUUAUUUCACCAAAUCAGUAAAAAGCAAUUUUUUUGCGUGUUUUGAUUAGCUCCUGUAACUUGCAUCAUAAUUCAUUCAAAAUUUUUCGCCAUUUUUAAUUUGCUCAAGUCCCCCGGCCAGUGGUUCAUAACCAGCUAGCCUUGACCAAAUUUGGCAGAUACUUGUGGGAGCCAAUAAAAUGACGUCAGUACUACAGGAUAAACGCCAGCAAAAGGCAUGGAAUUCGGCCUGCUUUGGUAGGGCUGUAGAAAAUAUCGGAAAAUUUCACACGCUUUGAGAAGAUGAAGUAUCCGUACUAGCAAGAACAGCAAAACGACGGACGACUUCUGCUGUUUGAAGAAUAUCUGUUAGACUUAGCAUCCCUUAGGCCAAUGAAAACGGAAAGUACACUUUUAGCCUGCGUAGCUGGCUUGAUCGUUGUUUAGCACGAGCAAAGUUUUUGGAAGAGGAGCUGCGAAGUCGUGAGAAGAAUGGGGAAGGGACGCUUUGAGACGCUUUGAACGUAUUCUUGCGUCUUCGCCACCAAAACUCUCACGCUCAGGAAACAUUUCCGCCACCUACGCAAGCUAGUACACUUUCGGCUUAUCCAAACAAAACUACAGACCAUUUUUUGGUGUUACCAUUGUUGCAAAAUAAUACAAUGUUGAGCUUUUUAAAUAGCGUUUUUAUUGUUUCUUGUUUUUGCAGAUACCUUUUCAACUUCCGAGGUGUAGCGGCAAGUUUUAGAUUCAAGCAUCUGUUCUUGUGCAAGUCAUUAGUCUUCCAUGUUGGAGACGAGUGGCUUGAAUUCUUCUAUCGCGCGCUCAAACCUUGGGUUCACUAUAUACCAGUUGACACUGAUCUCCAUAAUGUUAGGUGAGUAAUGUUAAUAUCACAUUCGUGUUUUCAGAUUUAAUGAAGUUAUAAUGCAAAUUCAGAGUUUCAACGGAUAUUCGCGGAAUGUUUCUCGUGAAAAAUUUUAAAAAAAUAACAUUAUGGGGUAGGGUAAUUUCUGGGUGGAGAACGAAUCCUGGAAAGCUCUUCCGUUUAUAAUAAGCCGUAGCCACAUGCACUCCCUUGAAUACCUCUUUUUGUCGCCCUUCUCCAAAAUUGUGUCUCGAUAAAUAUGUCUGUCGAUACAAAAUGAGAAUUGCGCUACGAAACUCAUAAUUUCAGCAGAUCAGCGUUGCACCGGAGUUGGCUUUCAAGCCAAAUGGCCAAACCUUGGAACGCAAGUCAAGGGAAGUUUAAAUGUUGACCUGCAUUAGGCUUUUCGGUGGCGGUUGAUGAAAAUGUAUGCUUAUGCCUGGUUGUGCCCGUACCAUCUAAAAUAUAAAACUUGCAGGGCAUUAACAGUGUGGACAAUUCUUGGUUAUCUUAUGCAGUAUUUGCUCAUAUACAUAUUUUCACAUGCUCCAUGUAAGGGGAUAUUUAGCGUCAAUAUAACUAGAAUACAGAACGUAAAUAUGAAUACAGGAACUGGAUAAAAAAUUGUCUGCAAAAUAUAAGAUAAUCUAAAUAGAAUAAAUAGAAUUUAUGCAAAAUAUAAUUAUUGUUUAUUCCCCGAUAACGAGGUCCAUAAUUGUCGUGAUUUACCUUGAGUGUUCAAGAUGACGCGAAUCCUUUGUUCUUAUUGGCUCCCCGAGCUAGCGAGAUGAGCCUACUUCGCCCCGAUUUUGCCCCCGCAAGAAAAAAAAAUGGCCAUAAUUUUUAAUCGUUUAUUGAACAAUCUUGUUUGUUGACAGGAGGGCUUGAUGGUGGCUUCGUUUUUCUUUUUUCGUUUUUAUGCACCCCUCGUCCAUAAAAAGACAACAAAAGAAACUGGCAAAUGUCCAUAUCCAUGUGGAGUUCACGCUCGGUUAAUAACAGGGCGUAUUCAAUCAGUUUCUCGUUUAUUCUACCAUCAAAUCGUGCGUUUAUUUACCGUAAAUUAUUCACAACAAUAUCUCACCCUUUAUUUCACCUGCUUGUUUUGUUUAAUAUGUUAGAGACCUUCUAGAAUUCGCCAAAGCAAAUGAUGACGUCGCUAAAGCUAUGGCUGAGAGGUGAGUUGAAAGUUGCCAGGUCGCGCUGUACGGCGUCUUCCCAGGCCUUCUCGGCCAGUUCAUUUCGGUGACGUAUCUGAGAAGAAAUUUGCUCGGACCACGUGACCCGAAACGCAUAGGCCGCGCGUAGUAAUGAGGCCUAGGGACUAGGCAAAUUUGCAAGGAGUGAGUUCACCUGGUAAUACGUCUCUUGUAUCAAGCAAACGAACUACUUCUCUUAAUGCGUCGUUCAAAAAGUAUUGCGAAGGAUAGUUCGUCUAGAGGUAUAAUGCGUCUUGCGCCCCUCUUUAUACUAGAGACGCAUAACCAGACAAACGGCAAACGUCCAGACGGACCGACGAAAUAUCCAUCUGGACGGAUAAUGCGUCCUCCAGUGAAGGAUUCCUUUUGCUCCCCUUUUCUUUUUCCACGCAGACUGCUUCUUAAUAUCCUGUAUAGUCUCUCGACUGCUAGGAUUAACAAGUAUAUGGUUAUGUAGUGGCGAAUAAAAGUGGCCGACUCACUCAUUUUGUUAUUCUCCUUGUUCCCAGAGGUUAUCAGUUUAUCAAAGAACAUCUUCGUAUGCAGGAUGUUAAAUGUUACUGGAAAAAGCUACUGAAGAAUUACGCCAAACUGAUGCUAUGGAAACCGACACGUGACCAAGCAUUCCAAGAGAUAAAGCCAUAGACAUUGUUAUUUAGCGACAAAAAUAGACUUUUAAAGAAUUGUCUUAGUUUAGUUAGUCUUUUUCAAUUUCACUAUUUAUUGGACGCACACCGUAUGGCAGAAAACGAUAAGCACUCAAUAAACA